AUGGAGGAGAAAGAGCGCCUCUUUCACGAGAAGCGGGGACGAGAAGAGGGCAAUGACUUGCUGGGACACAAUACCGAGUCGGGCACCGUGAGACGCGCUGGCAGUGCGACGACUCUGACGCCUGCACAAGAGGAGCAGAUCGACGAGCAGGCCACGUCCUCACCCAGAGUGCCACCCGCACGGCUCGCGACUGUCCCGUACUCAACUGACUACGAUAUGGCUGAACUGGACCUCGGACAUGCUGAGCAUGAGCAUGGGACGUACUCGUCCCUGCCGCCAUCACCACGCGGGACCAAGUUCGACUAUGAAUACUCGCACCGGCUUCAGUUGGAUCUGGACGUCGACGUCGUCCUCGCCCGCCUUGAUCCUGGAGGCUCUCCUCGCGUUAGUCGUCGACGGCUGUCGCUUGACAGCGCCAGCGUCAGUGCGCACGAUAGCGAGCGUGAGCUCGAGGAAGUCGAGCAGUUCUGGCCUGCCAGAAGCCGCCGACAAACACUCGACAGCAGUCAAGUGCUUCCACCUAUAUCGCCGACGUCCGAUACACACAGUGUUGAACCAGAACCACACGAGCCAGAGGUGCCGAAUGCCGAACGCGAUAGGAAGGGCCUCAGCAUCUGGGACCUGCUCAGAGACGAGGACGCCGCCGAACAAUGGGAGGGCUGGAUCGCCGACGGCAAGUGGGAGCGCAUCGCCAACUUCCUCGCCGUGCCGGUGGCCGUGGAGAAGGUGAUCACCUUCGGCUCCCUCCUCUGCUUGGACAGCUUCCUCUACAACUUCACCAUUCUUCCUAUACGAGCGACUUUCGCAUUCACGCGGAUUCUUUCGCGGAUUGUGCGGAGGCAACCCCUUACUCCUAUUCCCCCCGCCCACGUCCAGAGUGUGCUGCGCCUGCUACUCAUCGUCAUCCCUGCUGCCGCGCUACUGGUGAGCACCGACGCGAGCAAGAUGUACCACUCGGUCCGCGGCCAGGACACGAUCAAGCUCUACGUUAUCUUCAACGCCCUCGAGAUCGGAGACCGCUUGUGCUGCGCCUUCGGACAGGAUGUGCUCGACACGCUGUUCGCGCGAGACACCUUGGAUUCACUCACGUAUAUCGACCAGCGGAAGGGCAAAAGGCGCAAGAGGGAACGCGUCCGCCCCGCAUUCUUCUUCUUCCUGUCUCUGGGUUACGUCUUGAUUCACACAAUCAUCUUCUUCUACAUGCUCAUAGCCCUCAACGUCGCCAUAAACUCGUACGACUACACGCUCAUCUCCCUCCUCAUCAGCAACCAGUUUGUGGAGAUCAAGGGAUCCGUCUUCAAGAAGUUCGAGAAGGAGAACCUCUUCCAGAUCAUGUGUGCAGACAUCGUAGAACGCUUCCAGCUGGGCAUGAUGCUUCUUGUCAUCGCCAUGCGCAACAUGAUGGAGAUGGCUGGCUCCGACCUCGCCUUCCUUCCCAAGAGUUUCACCCGUGGCAGCAGUUUGCUCGAGCGCAUCUUAUCUCCUGUGCUCUUCGUCCUCGCCUCGGAGAUGGUCGUCGACUGGAUGAAGCACGCCUUCAUUGCCAAGUUCAACCACGUCCGCGCCUCCGUCUACGGCCGCUUCACUGACGUCCUCGCCAAGGACGUGCUUCUGGCUGGCACCAUCGGUAGUAGCUCUGACAAGCGGAAACGAAAGUCUCCCCUUGUUGCUCGCCGCUUAGGGAUCGCCAACAUCCCCCUCGCGGUGCUCGUCAUCCGAAUCAGCGCCCAAAUCGUGGGCAUGCUGACGAGCACCUCGACGCAGGCAAUCAACGGGCAGAGCGUCAGCUCGGACUGGAUCUGGCUGUCGCUUAAAUGGGCACUUGCGAUUCUGAUCACGGCCAGCAUCUGGGGAUGCCUCGUCGCACUCAAGAUUCUCCUCGGCCUGGGUCUGCUCAGCUACUCAGCCCUGCGUCAGGCGGGCAUGGACGAGCGCGAGGCCCAGGACACCGUGAACGACUUCGGGCGCGGCCCUGUUGGCAUCAGCAAAGAGGAGAUUGAGUACAAUAAGCAGACGUCGCGAUACCUCUCCAAGCCGGACGACGACCUGCCUGACCACCCGUCAGCUCCUAUCCUGCGAUCAACCCCUCAGACCACAAAGCUCGCUGAGGCAGAGGGCGCCAAUGCAGAGGGCAGAGUAAAGGGGAAGAAGAAGGCAUGGCGCCUUGAGGAGGUCGAGCGCUGGACCAUGGUGAAGCGUAUAUGGUAG